AUGACGAUGGUUCUUCUUUGGACGCUCGGCCUCACCGGUCUCUUCACGUGGACCGAAGCUACUUGCGUGCCAGAUGCACCCGCGGAGCUACUUUCCAACACCCAAAUACUUGAUCAUCCUACUGUAGUCAAAGCGCUCAACGAAGCCAGAGAGCUGUUGCAGAAGCCUUACCAUGACAAUGUCACUCGAGACGGACUGAGUGUGGCAGUGGUUCACGCCUCUUCGCCAAUACCGAUAUUCACUUUCAAUGCCGGCGCCUUGAAAUUCAACGAAACAUCCUCGCGCCUUCCUAGGACUACCGAAGAUGUCGUUACCAGCGACUCCAUUUUUCGAGUCGCGUCCGUUACCAAGAACUUCGCCAUGGCCAGCGCCUUGGUACUGUCCCGGCUUUCGCGCCACGCCAUCACGCUCGAUACUCCAGUCCGAAAUCUCUUACCAUCCUUUCACCUCCCGGAUCUGGACUGGAAUGAUGGCGGCAGCGAGAUCACGCUUCGUAUGCUGGCGAGCCACAUGAGCGGCAUCACGCGGGAGAGUUUCAGCUCGAACUUCAAUCAAAUCUUGAGCACCGGGAAAGCCACCGCGGACAGUAUAGGGGAGCUGUGGGCCGCUCAGACAGUCGAGAACGUGAUUGAAGAGGUUAGAAAGACGAGCUUGAUGUUCAAGGCAGGAGAGAGAUCGGCGUACUCGAACGCAGGUAUCGGGAUCCUUGGGGCUGCUGUGGCCUCGUACUACAACGAAAUCACCCGCGAAGAUCUUACGUGGAGUGAUAUUGUAGAGCAAGAGAUACUAGAGCCGCUUAAUAUGACGAACAGCUUCUUCGGCCCGAUCCCCGAUAGCCUCAUACCAGGCAUUAGCGUGCCUGGAGGCGACAACUGGGCUGAUCUGGUUAUCGGGGAAGGAUAUAAUCCAGCCGCUGGCAUGUGGAGCUCAACAAACGACCUAGCAAACUACCUCCACAGUAUCUGGCUCCAACCAUCACCUUCCCUCAUCACAUCCUUCGAUCGGCGCCACGCACUUAAGCCGGUAUACACCCUUCCAGACGGCAAGCAGCAAGUCGGCCCAGGAUGGGAGAUCAGCCUCCGCUCAGUCUCGACCAGCUCCAAUACCAGCGUCACUGACUCGAACAAAACCUACAGUAUCUACGGCAAGUCUGGCAGUGGCGGUGGCUGGCGGUCCUGGAUCGAUGUCGUGCCUAAUCUCGGCUAUGGGCUUGUAAUCCUGAGUCAGACCGCGGGGCUCGAAGGAUACGAGAUGCUGUAUCCAGCAGCCUUGUACGGUGAUGUUCAAGAUAUCCUGAUUCCGGCGUUUGCGGAGGCGCUCGCCGCGCAGGUUGCGGAGAAGUAUGCGGGAACGUACGGAAGUGGGCGCGAUACAGGCAUCAUCUCCGAUGUCGUGAGCAGUAAUAGCUACAAUACGGCGACGAACGCGAAAUUGGAGGUACAAGAUCAGGUGUUGUAUAUGCGCGAGCUUGUAGUAAAUGGGAGCAGUGCGCUGGAAGCCAUCGAUAAGUUGAGCUGGCUCGACAAUGAAGGGGCUCGAUACUUCUCUAGACCAGCUGGCGUAGUACUAGAGCCUGCGGGCGGAGUGAGUGAAACAGCAGAGUUCGGUGAUGGCGCGCGAGUCUUCAGAAUGACGGCCGCUGGAGCAGAGCUUUGCGAAUGGUAUGAUUACGAUGGAUACAAAGAUCAGAAUGGUUGGCCUUUGACCAAGCUUGUGCUUGUCGACUCCGGCAACAAGACCGAGCUACACUAUCCGCCGUUCGAUAUCGUAGUCACGAAGCUAUAA